AUGUCGACCCCUCGUCGAUCCGCACGAGGGACUCCUCAAGCGACCCCACAAACCGCGCGCAGCACACGCAGCGCGAGGUCUACAGCUCCAGGCUCUAGCUUUGCCACUCCUUCUCGACCCGCGCGAACUGCCGUUACAGAUUCCCCAUUAUUUAGAAGCGAGGCCUCUUCUUCGCCUGCUCCACAUUCCGAACGCGAUGAUAUGGACAUGAGCGAUCCGAUGGAGUAUCCGAGUAGUAGCCCUGCUCCGGAAAUACCAGAGGAUCCUGCUACCCCACGGGCUAGUGCAUCUAAUGCUUGGGGAAUGUCUUCAUCGCCUCUUCGAUAUGACCCUAGCACCCCUGGAGGGCCUUCGUCCGAUGGCCCUGGUCGCCUCUAUGGAACUCAAGAUAACGAAGCUACUCCUCGAGCGCGCCGAAAUCGAAAUGACAUCCCAAUGUCCGAUUCAUUCGGCCCUGAUGGCCAGCCUCGUACCUUCGUCCCUCGCCCAGGUGGCCAAUCGGACGCAAACACUUUUCAGACCUCUGAGGCAGAUGAGUUCACCCAACGGUUCAUUUGGGGUACCAACAUCUCGAUCAUCGACUCCAUGCGUAACUUCCGAAAUUUUCUUCGAAACUUCAAGCGCAAAUACCGAAUGAUCUACAAUGGCGAGACUGUAGCUCCAGGUGCAGGUGAAGACCUUGUGUACGAUGAGAUGCUAAAGGCAAUGAAGCAGUUACAUGUUACAGGGUUGAACGUUGAUUGCAAGAACUUGUUGGCAUUCCCACAAACAAAGAAAUUUUAUCAUCAAUUGAUUAACUAUCCUGCUGAGAUAAUUCCUCUAAUGGAUCAAGUUGUCAAGGACGAAAUGAAGGAGUUGUUUGUGAGGUCGGGCGCAGGAGAAGAUGAGCUUAACGAGUUCGAGAGAGACAUGUAUCAGGUCAGACCGUUCAAUUUGGAGAAACAGUCUAAUAUGAGAGAAUUGAACCCGAAUGAUAUUGAUAAGGUGGUCAGUAUCAAGGGUCUGGUCAUCCGAACAACCCCGGUUAUCCCAGACAUGAAAAUGGCCUUCUUCCGUUGCGAGAUCUGCAAUCAGGAUGUGAAAGUCGAAAUCGAACGCGGCAAGAUUGUUGAGCCUACGAGAUGCCCUCGCCAAGUUUGUAAUGCACCCAACUCAAUGCAGCUCAUUCACAAUCGCUCUGAGUUCGCAGACAAGCAAAUCCUGAAACUUCAGGAGACACCAGAUAGCAUACCUGAUGGUCAAACCCCCCAUUCAGUGUCUAUCUUGAUGUAUGAUGAGAUGGUGGACGUCUGCAAGGCUGGUGACCGUGUUGAAGUUACGGGUAUUUUCAGAGGCGUGCCAGUGCGAGUCAACCCAAGACAGAGGUCAGUGAAGAGUCUGUUCAAGACCUACAUUGACGCCGUACACAUUCAAAAGGUGGACAAGAAGAGGCUGGGCCUCGAUGUUACAACAAUGGAAGGCAGUAUGGCGGAUAAAGUAUCUGCAGACGUAGACGAAGUCCGAAAGAUCACUGAAGCCGAAAUUGAGAAGAUCAAGGAAGUCGGGGCAAGAUACGACGUCUAUGAGCUCCUUUCUAGGUCACUGGCACCUAGUGUGUUUGAAAACGAUGAUGUGAAGAAGGGUAUUCUACUACAGCUCUUUGGCGGCACUAACAAGACGUUCGAAAGAGGUGGUGCGCCACGAUACCGUGGCGAUAUCAACAUUUUACUUUGCGGUGACCCGUCUACCUCGAAAUCUCAAAUGCUUUCUUAUGUUAACCGAAUUGCACCAAGAGGUAUCUACACCAGCGGUAAAGGUUCCUCAGCAGUUGGUUUGACCGCCUACGUAACUCGGGACCCGGAGUCUAAACAGCUGGUUCUCGAAUCCGGAGCAUUGGUACUUUCAGAUGGAGGUAUCUGUUGUAUCGAUGAAUUCGACAAAAUGUCUGAAGCUACAAGAUCAGUUCUUCACGAAGUGAUGGAACAGCAAACAGUAUCCAUUGCUAAAGCUGGUAUCAUCACCACAUUGAACGCUCGUACUUCUAUCCUUGCGUCGGCAAAUCCAAUUGGCAGCAAAUAUAAUCCAAACCUUUCAGUCCCAAAGAACAUCGACCUCCCGCCAACAUUGAUGAGUAGAUUUGACUUGAUCUACCUCAUGUUGGAUAAAGUUGAUGAAAAAUCCGACAAGAUGUUGGCAAGGCAUUUAGUUGGGAUGUACUUGGAGGAUAGACCUGAGAAUGCAGCUCAGAAAGAGAUUCUACCCAUCGAAUUCUUAACAUCCUACGUUUCCUAUGCCCGCCAAAAUAUACAUCCAAGGAUCACGGAAGAAGCCUCCGAAGAACUCGUACGAUCCUACGUUGCCAUGCGAAAACUUGGCGAAGACGUCCGCGCCGCUGAGCGUCGUAUUACCGCCACAACCCGUCAACUGGAAUCCAUGAUCCGUCUAUCAGAGGCGCAUGCAAAAAUGCGCCUAGCGAGCGAGGUAGAACUGCGCGAUGUAUUAGAAGCCGUCCGUCUUAUUCGUUCUGCCAUUAAAGAGAGCGCUACAGAUCCCCUGACAGGAAGGAUUGAUAUGGAUCUUAUUUCUGGUGUUGGAGUGAGUGAGCGCCGUAGGCGUGGAGAUUUGAAGAGUGCAAUUGUUACAAUAUUAGAUGAAAUGACGAGGAGUGGCGGGUCUGUUAUGCUACGUGAGGUGCUUGCGAGGAUUCAAGCCGAGGGAGAGACGGGUGCCAAGAUGGGACAAGGAGAAUUUAUGGAAGCGGUCGCUGCACUAGAAGGUGAGGGACACGUCGUUAAUGUUGGUGGUGAGGGUAUGGCAAGGAAGAUUAGAAGAGUCACGGGGAUUUAA